AUGUUUAUAAAUAAAAAAAAAAAAAUUGGUCAUCCGGCCAAUUAUGCUGGCUGCCCCUAUAUGAAAUUCGAGAAACACCAAAGGAUGGAAGAAAUUAAGUAUAAAAACAAAGUGCUGAAGAAAAAAAUUGAAAUGCACAACCUCAAAAGAUACGAGCUGCACAGCAGAACUGAACAGUAUAAUCCAGAUAUCGUCUUAAUAUCAGAAUCUAAACUAACCAACAAACACUACCCACUGUCACAAACAUACAAAAUUGUUCGAACAGAUCGCCCAAACUCAAAACAAGGCAGAGGCACGGCGAUCAUGAUCACAAGCAGCAUGAAACACCAAGUCAAAAGCUACCCGACAUCCUUAAAUAAUGAACUAUUCGAAUUUACGAUAAUUCAACUUCUACCAGAGACACUCUCAGAUAAGAAAAUUUUCGUCAUCAGCGGAUAUGCUACAAACUCAAACAGAAAAAUAUUCAUAAACGAACUUGAUGAUCUACUACAACGGCUUGACCUGAGCAACCCGAAGCACUUCUUCAUCCUAGCGGGAGACUUAAACGCUCGCAGGAUUGAAUGGGGAGAUUCCAACGACAAUCAAAGAGGUAAAUAUUUAAGAAGAUGGGAAACUGAAACUAUUAAUAAAUACAGAGCAUCGAUAUAUACUACAGACGUACCAUCGUUCACUCCAGCGCAAACGUUCCUAGAUGUAUGUAUAACUAAUCUCUCACUAACCGGCCUCUCGGCUGGCAACAAAAUCACGACAGUUGAUUACGACAGCGAUCAUAGAGCCCUGCUCUUCACCGUAAUACUGCCGAGUAAAAUGCAGACCGAAAACGACAUCCGAAUCCCAAGGAGAAACUUACGUGCAAUAAAAUGGAAGAAAUUUGAAAAGAAUCUUAAUGCCGAGUUCACGCAAGAUCUUCCUGAUGACAGAAACCUAUCAGUUCAGGAACUUGAUGACAGCAUCAUUAACUUGACGUCUGCUUUGGUCACCUCAAUGAACAAAACUGCGCCAACAAUUAAACAAGAAGAAGGUAUUCUCAAAUAUUUGAAUACAAAAAUAAAAAAGCUACAAGAAAAUAAGACCAAGGCAAUUAAACUUCUACACUCGACCCAGAAUUCAAGCAGUCUGAACUGA